CCACGUUUUCUCUUUUCUCUCUCAUCUCUAACAAUGUCAACACUACAAAAACCAGUUCAACUCAAACCAGUGGCUAGAAACAAAGCCAAAGAUACCGCUGUCGGUUUCGCUAUUGGCGGCCUUGCUGCUUGUGGUGCUGUUACCUUCACUAACCCUUGGGAGGUAGUAAAGACUAGACUUCAAUUGCAAGGUGAAUUGGUCAGGGCAGGCGCUCUUUCAGAAGCAUCUCGACCUUAUCACAACAGUUUUCAAGCAUUAAAGGUCGUACUUCAACAUGAAGGCCUUCGAGGAGCACAAAGGGGUUUGGGCAUUGCUUAUUUUUAUCAAAUUUGUUUAAACGGCAGCCGUCUUGGUCUUUACGAGCCUGUCUUGAACAAAGUAAAAAAAACAUUACAACUCAAAUCGGAAGGUAGUCUUUUGGCCGCCAGUGUCUUUUCUGGGGCUUUUGCUGGUGUAGUAGGUGCUGUUCUUGGUUCACCAUUGUAUUUGAUCAAGACCCGCCGACAAUCAUUCUCCCCUGUGUUUAAGAACAUUGGUUAUCAACAUGAAAUGAGUUCUGCGGUAAAUGCACUCAGUCAAAUUUAUCGUACAGAAGGUAUUAGAGGUCUUUAUCGUGGUGCAGAUGCGGCCAUGGUUAGAGCAGGUGUUGGAUCAGCUGUGCAGAUGCCUACAUACAUGAUUGGUAAGGACAUUUUGCUCAAGCGAUUUGGUUUUCCCGAUUCUGUCGGUACACAUUUUGCAACUUCUAUGUUUACUGGUGUUUUGGUUUGUCUUGCCAUGAAUCCUUUUGAUGUCAUUUCAACUCGUAUGUAUAACCAAGGUGUGGAUCCCAACACAGGUAAAGGUUUAUUGUACAAAGGACCUGUGGAUUGUUUUGCCAAGAUGAUCAAAAUUGAAGGUGUGCGUGGUCUCUAUAAGGGCUUUUUAGCUCAUUACCUUCGUAUUGGGUAACGUAUUUGAAAAAGUGUACAAAUAACUUGUUUACUAAUAGAUUAUGUAUUUCUAUUUUAGUCCUCAUACCACACUCAUGUUUGUGUUUAUGGAACAGUUGAAGAAGGUUUACAACGAUCAUUUUGCUUAAUUUCAAGCAAGACAUACCUUUUAAUGUAUUUAUAGUUUUAAUAGACUCUCUCUCUCUCUCUCUCUCUCUUUUUAUA